UACUACUAGUACUUCCUCCGCGACUUUCUACUCUACCUUCCUCCUCCUCCACCCCCAACUUCUCUACGUCUUUUCUCCUCCUAUAAACCCCCUCUUCCUUCCUCCCCUCAAGACAAUAGACAUGCAUUCCACAAUGUCCUCACAUACCAGCCCUGUCAAAGACGGGCGGCGAGUGCUCGGGGAAAAGCCCGCCAACGCGUGCCUGUCACCCGCCCGCCAUCCCCAUCGCCACGCCUCUGCCUCCCCCCUCAAACGCCCUUUCCUGGACUCCUCCUCCUCUCCCAAGAAACUCCUACCCUCGCCCCUGUUCGCCGGCCAGAAGCGUUCCAUCGACCAGGUAGAAGACGCCACCGACGGCCAGGACCACCGCGCGCCGACACCCUCCAGCGACGGCCGGCCACACGCCGCGCCCGAUUCCCAGGAUGACACCCCCCAGACACAUUCCACGCUGGCCCAUCCCCAGGUUCAACCACGCGCCACGGGAUCCGACGUGCCGGUUCUAGACUCAGAUAAACAACAACAAUCACAAGAACAACAAUCGCCUGCCCACCCCGAACCAACACAACAAGACACUACUCCCCAGUGUACACCUGCUGUCCCUGAAGAUCCAGCGACGCGCAAACGCUUCAUCCAAGAGAAAGCCACCCUCCUCCGCACGCGCCUCCAAACCGCCAUGCGCCACGUCCGCGACCCCCAAUUCGAUCGCCGCGUAUCCGAACUCGAAGCCCACAGCCGCAAACACCCCCGCCUAUCGCUCCCCUCCACCACGACCACCACCUACAACCGUGCCGACCAAACCACCCCCACGCAAACAAAAGCCCUCCCCAACGCCAACUUCACCUCCAACACCACCACCCCACGCCCCGCCCCCUCGCAGCCCCAACAAGUACAACAACCCACCAUCACCGUCUCCGGCCUCUCCUCGCCGCCUCUCUCCGCCCCAGCGGCAGAAGACGACCCCAUGAAGACCCCCACCCAGAAGAGCCACAACCACAACAGUAGCCAGAGGACAACCACCGGCUCGCCCAUGCAGCUGAGCAGUCCGCCCGCGACGGUGUCCAGACGGCGGACUGUGGAGUUCGGGGCCCGGGAGGAACAAGAACACGACGACGAGGGGAUGGAGAUGGAGAUGGAGAGAGAGGAAGACAUGGAGAUGGAGAUGCAGGGGGACAUGGACGAGGACGAGAUGCAAAUGUCGCAGCCCGAGAGACAACGGCGGUUAUCGCAGAAAGGGGAUGCCGUGGAUGGGUUGCUCAAGUUGAUGAAGACGGCCGAUCAGCAUACUGUGGAGAACUUGGAGGUUUGGAGUGGUUGAUUUUGUCAACAAAGAAAAAAAAAAAAAAAAAAGGAG